GUAGAAUAUGCUAGAAUGAUCUAAUUAGUCCGCAGCAGGGUGAUUAUAUUUAUAUUUAUUAUUAAAUUAAACUGAAUGUUAUUUCUACGGACACAACAUUCUGUCCCUCUCCGUAAACUUGAAUGAAAGCCCACACCUUUGAUACAGAAUCGUUCGAAGAGAAACCUAGAAAGCUGGGUAUGGACACCGAUAUGAUUGAGGCGGAGAAGGCGUCGCCUCAGGAGGUGGCGGUGUCUUCUAAUUCCAGUCAGAAUGACUUCAUUCGAGAUCUACUUACAUUGGCACGGCAACUCAUCGAUCAAGGGAAGCCUUCACAAGCUCUCCAUGCGGUGGUCCUUGCCAUGAAGACCAAAGGUGGGAAUGAAGCUGUCUUUCAGUUCUUAAACCGAGCUCGUGAGCUGUAUAGAAGUAAACUGCGAGAGAAUGCUGCCAUUGAUCAAUUGGCUUCUUUAUUUGCUGAGUGUGCCAUUGCUGGAGCACUACCUAUAAAUAUUGGAACAUCUGCAAAUAGCAUUUCUCCUCCUUCAAUUAGUCCUGAUGUUCAUGAGGCAUCUAUACUUGCAGAAACUGGGAGGAUGCAAGUAGUAUUGGAUGCUGUUUCAGAUGGGAGCAGCUUCAUCUGUUUGAAGUGUGGGGGCCUUGUUAGCAUCCAUCGCAAAGAGGAGCACUAUGCUCACUGGUGUUGUUAACUCUUUAGCGAUGGGUGCCUUGGCGAUGCCUUGUUUCUCUGUGCAUCGUCACCGUGCUAAAUUUGGUGGUUUCUUCAUCUUAAUGCGGGGAAGGUUUCAGUUUUUGGAUGAUUGCAUCUGCGGGAGGAAUUUAUGGAACAUCUUGCAGCCAUGCGGGGGCAUUAGGGGAAUAUUCGGCCAGCCAUUCUCCAUCCCUUUCCAAGACUUGAAUCCUGCAAACCAUGGUGAUUGACUAGAUAAGAGAGUCAAGUUAAGUAAUGGCAUCCUGUUGAUAGGAUUCGAGCCAUGGUACUCGCGGAUUUUGUAUGUAUGAAUCGUAGGCGUGUAUACAUUUAAAUAAUUUUAUAUCACACUUGUCUUCUAUUAUACUGUAAUUACUAAUAAUUUAAAUAAUGUUUGUAUCGCACUUAUCUUCAAUUGUUGAUUUCCCGCCA